GUUUGUGAAUGAUGACUGCUCACUGUGCAGACCCUCCACUUUUCAGUCUGUCUGUAUUGCAUAGUUGUGAUUGUGUGACUUUGGCUAUGGUUAUGUCUUUUGUGCCUUGGUGUGUGACAGUAUCUGUGCUGAGUCUAGGGAUGGGCAUGUAUGUGACUGACUGAAGGUAUGGGUGGAGUUGUGACCGUGUAAGUGGAGUUAUGUCUGUGACUGCAUGUCCAUGUGUGGUGCUCCCAGGGACCGAGAAUACUGUGGUUGUGUCAAAGUGGAUUUUAUGUAUUUGUGUGACACAGUGCUGUACAAACUCUGGGUACGUUGACUGCAACAGUGUGUGAAGUCACACUGUGCCUAUGUGACUGGGAUUGUAUAAUGGCGCCCUGAGUGGCAGUGGUUGAGUAUUCCCAGCUACAUGAGGGUGACUGGGGCUGUAUAAAUGAUGUAUAGCUGUGUAAUUCUGAGUGACCGUUUACUUACAGCCUUGUGUGUGACUCGGGUUAUGCAUUUGUGUUUGGGGGAUGUUAUGCAUUUGACUUACUGUCUGCAAUGUUGGCUAUAUUGAGAUUAUUGUGUGUGACUUGCGUCUGUGUACCUCUGUGUGUGUGCACACGUGCAUAUUUGUGGCCAUUUUCCCGUGCAUGGGUAACCCACAUAUCUAUGAUCUGGCUAAGUAUGCUUGUGCACCAGACCACUUGUGUUAGGAUCUGUGUGAAUUGAUGAGGGCUGGCUGGCCCCUGACUGUGUGCCUGGCUCUGUCAGGGACCACUUCUGUGUAAAACAGCUAUAAUGCUAUGCCUAGGUCGAUGUAUUUCUGUGCAUACUCCUGACUCUGCGAUGUAAGUAGGAAAUGGGAACUGCACUCAUGUCUCUGUGAGUGAGAUGUUGUGUAUAUAGUUGGGGCUAUGACUUUGUCCACCUAGGGCCACACAUGCUUGUUGAUGUGACUUGUUUGUCUGCAGGGAGAAAGACUAUGUUUCUGUGAUGGUGUGACACGGUACAGCUGUGUAUGGGACACUGAUUGUGACAGGUAUCCGGGUGAUGUGGACACCAGUGCUGCAGGGCGGACCCAGAAGGCCUGAGCAGCACUUGCCCCCAGCCCCGUGUGGGGCUCUGGGGCCCCCUGAAACCUUCAGGACGGAGUCAGACGAGUCGGGCACCAUGAACAAGCUACGACAGAGUCUGCGGCGGAGGAAACCAGCCUACGUGCCUGAGGCAUCGCGUCCCCACCAGUGGCAGGCAGACGAGGAUGCCGUGCGCAAGGGCACGUGCAGCUUCCCAGUCAGGUACCUGGGUCAUGUGGAGGUGGAGGAGUCCCGGGGGAUGCACGUAUGUGAAGAUGCCGUGAAGAAACUGAAGGCGAUGGGCCGGAAGUCAGUGAAGUCUGUCCUGUGGGUGUCAGCAGAUGGGCUCCGAGUGGUGGAUGACAAGACCAAGGACCUGCUGGUGGACCAGACCAUCGAGAAGGUCUCCUUCUGCGCGCCUGACCGCAACCUGGACAAGGCUUUCUCCUACAUCUGCCGGGACGGCACCACCCGCCGCUGGAUCUGCCACUGUUUCCUGGCACUCAAGGACUCUGGGGAGAGGUUGAGCCACGCCGUGGGCUGCGCCUUCGCUGCCUGCCUGGAGCGGAAGCAGCGUCGGGAGAAGGAGUGUGGGGUCACAGCCGCCUUCGACGCCAGCCGCACCAGCUUCGCCCGCGAGGGCUCCUUCCGCCUGUCCGGGGGCGGGCGGCCAUCAGAGCGUGAGGCCGUGGACAAGAAGAAAGCAGAGGCAGCAGCUGCUCCCACUGUGGCCCCUGGGCCUGCCCAACCUGGGCAUGUGUCGCCAACACCAGCUACCACAUCCCCGGGUGAAAAGGGUGAGGCAGGCACCCCAGUGGCCGCAGGCACCACUGCUGCUGCCAUUCCCCGGCGCCAUGCCCCUCUGGAACAGCUGGUUCGCCAAGGUUCCUUCCGCGGGUUCCCAGCCCUCAGCCAGAAGAACUCACCUUUCAAACGGCAGCUGAGCCUACGGCUGAAUGAGCUGCCAUCUACUCUGCAGCGGCGCACCGACUUCCAGGUGAAGGGUACAGUGCCCGAGAUGGAACCUCCUGGUGCCAGCGACAGCGAUGGCAUCAAUGCCCUGUGCACACAGAUCAGUUCAUCCUUUGCCAGUGCUGGAGCACCAACAGGGCCACCAUCUGCCGCAACAGGAACUUCUGCUUGGGGUGAGCCCUCUGCACAACCUGCAGCUGCCUUCCAGUCUGGGCACAAGCGGACACCCUCGGAGGCUGAGCGAUGGCUAGAGGAGGUAUCCCAGGUGGCCAAGGCCCAGCAGCAGCAGCAGCAGCAGCAACAGCAGCAGCAACAGCAGCAAACAACCUCAGUACCCCCAGUUCCCACCAUGCCACCUGCUCUGCAGCCCUUCCCUGCCCCUAUGGGGCCCUUCGACACAGCCCCUGCCCAGGUGGCCAUGUUCCUGCCACCCUCACACAUGCAGCCCCCAUUUGUGCCCUCCUACCCGGGCCUGGGCUACCCACCCAUGCCCCAGGUCCCCGUGGUGGGCAUCACCCCCUCACAGAUGGUGGCCAACGCGUUCUGCUCUGCUGCCCAGCUCCAGCCUCAGCCUUCCACUCUGUUGGGAAAAGCUGGGGCCUUCCCACCUCCUGCCACACCCAGUGCUCCUGUGGGUCAGGCCCGUCCUCGCCCCAACGGGGCCCCCUGGCCUCCAGAGCCAGCGCCUGCUCCAGCCCCUGAAUUGGACCCCUUUGAGGCCCAGUGGGCAGCAUUAGAGGGCAAGCCCGCUGUGGAGAAGCCCUCCAACCCCUUCUCUGGUGACCUGCAGAAGACUUUUGAGAUUGAACUGUAGCCCGAGCUGCCCAGCUCACCCCGUCAUCCCCAGAUGUAGCACCUGGGGGUGGAGGCACAGCCCCCCACAGUCCUGCUUCCUGGGGCUGUGCCCUUCAGCAUCCUCUCUUAACCCUUCUCUCCACUACCCACAAAACUACUACAGAACCGACAUAGCAGUGCCCAGGGUGCAGCAGGUUGGCAUUCAGGGACAGACCCAGCCUGGCUAAGGGAGCCAUUUCACUGCCAGACUCGGGCCGAUGAUGCCCCACCUCCACCCCCACAGGGAUGGCCAAGGUCCCAUGGAAUGCCCUCCCAAGCUCCCUUUCCUAGUUUUCACCUUCCACCUCCUGAUGUUGGGCAGGAUAGAGGGGGAACGUCCACUUAGAGGCUCUCCUGGGCCCCACAUGAGUGCCCACCCCAAGUGCAGGGUCUCCUCCCCAUAUACACAGCACAAGCCAAGGGCUUCCCUCUGCCCGUGCCGUUCACUGCCAAUGCUCUACUCCCCACUGCCUGCCCCAUCUGGGGCUGUGUCUUCUGGGGUCCAAGGUCUCAUGGGGGCAGGGGCCAAGUUGGGGGCCCAGGAAGUAUGGGAGGGGGAGGAAAAAAGAUGCUCAGUUACCUCACACCAGUGCCCGCUGGGAGGUGGUCCCAGAAGAGGGGAAGGGGUGCCUGGCGGGUACUUUUCUAUCUUUUAUUUCCAGAUUUUUUUUUGUAUCCAAACUCGCAGAUUUGUAUUAUACAAGGACAGCCAAUAAAGGAUAACUAUAAUGGUA